GGAGAGGGCGCGGGGCUGCAGGAGGAGCGCAGCCCGGGCCGGGAGAGCCGCGCACGCCAAGCCGGCGGCGCUGGCGAGGAGCGGGCGGGCUGGUGCGGGCGCGGCGCUGCCGGGGCCUCCGCGGGGGCGGAGGGGGGGCGGUGCCGGCGGCGAGAGCGGCCGCGGCGCAGUUUUCUGCAGCGGCGCCGAUCUACAAGUGAACGGUAGUGUGUGCGUGCCGCUCACAGACAUCUAACCUGGCUCCUUAGAAAAUUUUCUGUGGAGAUUGGACAGCUGUACUUAGUGUGCUUGAGAAAGCAUCCUCCUGUUGUCUUUGAUGCCAUCCAUGUACAGGUUCUCCAUGUAAGGCUCAGUGCAGUUUGCUACAGGACAUUUGAAUCUUCUUGGAAAACAUGGAAACAAGGAACUGCUUUUUAAAUAUCUUUCAGGAAAAUUGACACAUUCCAGGAAAAAACAGUUGGGAUUUUUUUUCUGCAACGUUCAGAAGAAUCUGCAUUCUCUGGGAUUAUAAAGAAUUAUAAAAUGAAAACGGUUUAAAAUUUAGCCUUCAAAAUGAAUGUUGGAAAGUCUGAUGACAAAGCAAGGAAUGGCUUGAAGUCUUCCUUACUUAUAAGGGAUGAAAAUGGAAAUAGCUAUGCAUGUGACAGAGGUACACCUUCCUCAGAGAAUUGUGCCACCAAGCUACAUGGUAAUUCAACUGACCAAAAUAUAGUGGCUGAGCAUGAGGGUGAUACCAUUCUUGAAAAUAAGGGUGACUUCAGAAGUCUUUUAAAACAACAGUGUAUUCAAGUACUUGAUCUGCAGAAGACACCCGGUAAAUACAGCUGCACAGGACCUCUAUUGGGUAAUACAGAUGCUGCACACAAGUCUUCUGUGGCUGAACAGACUUGUGUGUGUCCUUUGAACUGUGGUUUGGAAGCAGCGACAAGCUUAGUGAAAGGUGAUUUUGCUAUGGAAAAUAUGCAAAAUCAGAGUAUCAAACACUCAGUGCCUUACAAUCAGACUGAGUUUAAGUCUGUACUAACUCUUCCUGCUCCAGAGCAGAACAUACAGUCCCUGAAAAAUGACAGGGCAUGCUGCCAGCUGAGCAUAUUGGAUGUUACUAAUGUUACAGAUGAAAAUCUGAGAACUGAUCAAAAUGAUGACAUGCAUCUGGGGGAAACAUUGAUCUCUUCUGAAGUAUAUGUCAGUGAGAAAUUUGAUAGAACCAGCUUAGAAAGAACACCUAAUUUCACCUGUGCAGGUGUUGAACACUAUCAAAAAAACAGUAACGAGACUGAUAAAGAAUCACAGGAAACAGAAACACAGGCUGUAGAACUACCUGCUGGAUGUGUAGAUCCUUAUAAGCAAGAUGCAUUAUCACCAUGUGUUAAUGUUGAUGAGGAUGACCAAGUGAAAUCCUUGCAGAUUACUCCUUACCAUAGUGAAGCUGGGAGUUCCAAUGCUGAAACAUGCAUGAGUAGUCUUGUAAAUAGUGUGCACCUUCUCCCAGUAGAUCAAAUGGAUGGAGAACAAGUAUCAAACAAAACUAAUGAACCAUUAACCAAAGAAAAAGGUAUCUCUGGAAAUGCUGCUCUUCAGAAUAUGCACAACAUUCCUUCUAUACCUUGCAGUGUUCCAAAAUUAAAGAAGACAGUUAUGCCUGAGCUGAAAUGCGAAGCAACUUUUGUGGUCUUCAGUCCAACAGCUGAUGAAAGCAAUUCAUCUCUAUGUACUUCAACUCCUAAAGAACAAUCAAAAAAUAGGACUUUUUCUCUUUCAGCUUUGGAAGAACUUGGAGGCAAGUCUUCUAGACUAAGACCAAGUGAAACAGUUGUAGGAGGGCAUAACAGAAGGUCUGGGCUUAAAGCUAGUUCAGAUCAAAAUGCAAGAAAACCAGUGGGCAGGUCUCCUACUGCAUCAACAAUAACCAAAGCAAAGAAAUCAGAGAUAGUUAGUUUUCCCAAACCUAAUUUUAAAAAUGUUAAACCAAAGGUUGUGUCUAGACCUGUGCUACAGCCUAGAGACAGUGCAGCAUUAAAAGAGUCUUCCCAGUCCCCUCAACUAUCAUCUGUCUCCUCACCUUCAAGGGUUGGUUCUCCAAGGCAAUUGUCCUCUAUAAAAGUGCUGAAAAAAACAGUAGACCUGGCUAAAGAUACUAAGGUGGAAUUGCCUGUAAAUAAGCCCCAUAAGCUACAUGUUAACAAACACCUCUUCACUAGCCAAGUCCCACAUGCCACAACACAUCCCAGAAACACUUCCCACAAGGUUUCAAAAACACCUGUGUUAAAGCAAAGUUCGCAAGACGUUGACAAAGCAAGUGCUUCCCAUCCAGUGUGCUCCUUGGUUUCUGCUGUGCUUCCAGCAUCUGGGGAGAACUCGAAAGAGAUGUUAAAUGAUAAAAUGGAAAGUUCAAACUCCUUAAUGAUGCCUUGUACUCAAAACAUUGACCUGAUCAAAGGUGGAAAAGAGGAAAGCAGCAACGUGGGAGUGCUUGUGGAAACAACAUUGGUAAAUGAUAUGGCAAAUGAAACAUUUGAGGUGCACUCUGUUCCUUUGACACCUUCUGUGAAAGAUGGGACAACACAAGGGAAAAAGAUACCAAAGAAAGACCAAAUGACACUACGAAGUGUGUUAACUCCCAAGGUUAAAAUGGUGCCAUCUGUGUCAGCCUUGAAGAGAGGAUGUGAAAAUAAAACUACCAGCACUAUUAAAACCCCUUCUCACAAAGAAGCUCCUCUGUCAUCAAGCUCUGGUGUAGGAUCUUUGCCAGGAGAGAAGCAUGCAUCAGUGAAAAAUUGUCCAGCCUCAUGGACUAGUUUUGGUAAAUCCCUUGCCAAAUCCAAAGUGCCUGUCAAAAGAUCAGUGCUUGAAAGAACACCUAGCCUCUCGUCAGUCAGCAGUGCUCAGAGUGAGCAAAGUCUUUUCAGCACUAAUUCUGCAAGUGCCACAGUCAUCAGGAAUGGAGAAUGGCCUUCAAAACCAGCCUGCCAGAAUGGCACUUCUGGGUCUGUCCCUUUGAAAGCAUUACCAAGACCUAGAUUGCACUCGUUGAGGUCAACUCCCAAAGGAGCCAAGACCAGGUCUGCUUCACUGACCCAGUGCACACCAAAAUCAUCUGGGCCUCUACACUUGGCAAGGAAAGUCAGUGAGACUAGAGGUACUCCUGGAAGAAAUGUACACCAAAGCUUAUCUUGUUUGGGUCCUGUUGACAAGGUCAAGCAGCGGAGUCCCAAGAGCUCAUGCAUACGGACUCAAGCCUCCACAGAUGCGCGUUCACCUGGCACAAAAGCAGCCGAGUUGACACAAUACAAAACAAAAUGUGAGACCCAAAGUGGAAUCAUCGUGCAGCUGAAAAAAUUCCUGACAUCCAGUAACCAGAAGUUUGAAGCAUUAACAGUUGUCAUCCAGCACCUGCAGUCUGAGAGGGAAGAAGCACUGAAGCAGCGGAAAGAGUUAUCUCAAGAACUAGUUAACCUUCGAGGAGAACUAGUAACCACUUCUGCAGCUUGUGAGAAAUUGGAAAGAGACAGGAAUGAACUUCAAAUUGCCUAUGAAGGGUUUUUGCAGAAGUUAAACCAGCAACAUCAUGAUGAUUUAGCUGAGCUGGAGGAGAGGCUUAAACAGUUUUACACUGCAGAAUGUGAGAAACUCCAAAGUAUCUGCAUUGAGGAAGCUGAAAAGUACAAAGCUCAACUCCAGGAGCAGGUGGACAAUUUAAAUACCACACAUGAAAGCUUUAAGCUGGAACUCGAAAACAGACACUCAGAAAAAGUAGAGGAGCUGAAAAAGGAGUAUGAAUCCUCUUUUUCAGAGCUCAAGAGUACCCAUGAAUCUGAAAGGAAGUCGCUUGAAGAUUCCUUUAAAGAGAAACAGGAAUUGCUGGAGAAAAAAAUCGAUGAACUAAAAAGUGAAAACAACUCACUGAGUGAGAAGCUGAAAUUAGAAGAACAAAAACAAAUAGCCAAAGAAAAAGCCAAUCUUAAAAACCCACAGAUUAUGUACCUGGAACAAGAGCUAGAAAGUUUGAAAGCAGUGCUGGAGAUCAAGAAUGAGAAACUCCAUCAGCAGGAUAUAAAGCUAAUGAAGAUGGAAAAGCUGGUGGAGAACAACACAAUCUUAAUGGAUAAAUUAAAGAAGGUUCAGCAAGAAAAUGAAGAAUUAAAAGCCCGGAUGGACAAACACAUGGAGCUUUCAAGGCAACUUUCUACAGAGCAAGCUGUUUUACAGGAGUCACUAGAGAAAGAAUCAAAAGUAAACAAACGCCUGUCAAUGGAAAAUGAAGAACUUUUGUGGAAGUUGCACAAUGGUGACCUAUGCAGCCCAAGAAAACUGUCUCCCAGUUCUUCAUCUGUGCCUCUUCAGUCCCCACGGAAUUCUGGUAACUUCUCCAGUCCUGCAGUGUCACCAAGAUGACAUCUCUUGAGAGAAAGAGGGGCCUGCAUUUCAUUUCUGAUCUGCAGAACCUUUCCUAACUUUAAUCAGAGGAGCAAGAGCUAUAUUAGCCACCUAUGACAACUAAACAUAACUGGAAACUAUUUGGUGCAAAAACAGCGAUAGGAGACUGUGAAUAUGGGAGUAAGACAUUCACUCCUCCCAAAAAGACUUAUGACCUCUAUGGACAUCGUUGCACAAAGCACUUAUAGAGCAAGAAAAGACUUGUUUGUUGCCUUCUCACCUAACCAUAAGAAGCUCAGGGGCUUAAAGAUCACAACCUUUAUAUGUUCCUUAUCACCGACACUUUUUUAAGGCUGUGUGUGUGCGUGUGUGCGUGUGCCGUGGAUGGAAUGGGUGUAACACACUGUGCGUGUGUCUAAUGCUGCCUUCUUUGCUGUGUACGUAAUAAAGGAUAAAAGCUGACGAA